AUGGCGAGACCACAGAAUACAAAGCGACGCGCAAACGAGCCUUCGCAACACAAUCCUCCGGCUAAGAGGGCCAAGCUUGGUGAAAAGAGCAACUUCUCGCCAGAAUUUUGGGAUAACCUGUCGAAAGUCUUGCUUACGCCGCGUGCCUUGAGGGAGCUUGACCGUCGAAAUAACGCCCAACCUUUGCCGACAUUUAGCGUACCCCAAUUGUAUCCAGCAAGACUUGCUCGGUUUGCGAGACACGGCGGCCCGGACCUCCGUCAUCUUCGCGGGUAUACCGAAUGCGAGACCGUUGCCGACGAUAUGAGCUCAAGUCGCUCUCUACCGUCUCGAAGCCGACAGACGCAGUCGACAAAUGCAAGUAGCGUCGUUCCUGGAACCAAGAAGUCUUCCGCCUACGGCAAGGAUUUUCAACAGCAUCUCACCGACCACAAUAUAUAUCAUGUAAACCACGAUUAUGACCACGAGGCACCUGAACCUGCAAACCUGGCUCAGAUGCACCAGGAGCUGGCAAAUGCAAGAGCGUCACUUUCACCAUCUGCGUUUCCUGAGCCAGCUUUCCGAGACUUUAAACAAAAGAAUGCACGAGCAACUUUUGAGAGGGACGUUAUGAGAACUGUCAUUCCUGUGAUUUCCGGUAACUCUACUAUUCAUAACCAGCAAGACGUCCGCUUCACUGAGCUUGAGCCUAUAACAAAUGAGCGUGCAGUAAAGCCACAGCCGGACUUCUUUGAUGGGGCUCGCCUAGGAGACCUUAGUCGCCAAAUGAGGGAUAACCAAGCCAUACAGUCAACAGGUAUCCCUACUAAGCACCCAGGCGUCCCAGUAGAGCCUAACUUCUUCUUAGAAGUUAAGGGGCCUGACGGGAAUGCCGCCGUAGCCCAGCGGCAGGCUUGCUAUGACGGAGCAUAUGGUGCUCGUGCCAUGCACGCCUUGCAAAACUACGGGGAAACCGAGGUGGCAUAUGACAGCAAUGCUUACACUUACACCUCGACCUACCAUCCUAGCACAGGUACUCUUCAGCUCUAUGCUCACCACGUCACGGCGCCAAGAAUAGCCGAGGAACGACCCGAGUACCACAUGACGCAGCUUAGAUCUUUUGGAAUGACGGACACUCGUGAAACAUUCAUUGCAGGCGCAACGGCAUUCAGAAACGUCAGGGACUUGGCAGAGCGGCACCGGAAUAAUUUUAUUCGGGCUGCGAACGCCAGAGCAGACCUGGCGACGGCAGCGGUACAAGAAGACCUUGCCGAAAUACAUCAAGAAAUCUCUGGCCCUUUGGAGCUGCACGACUCUCAAGAUCCUACAGCCUACACUGCCUGGCAGGAUGCGGACUACGCGCUUCAGCAACAAAUUGCUGACGGCACCGAUCAACAGGACGAUGCCGAGGUAGCCACUGCUGUACCCCGGGAAGAUUCACCAAAGCCGAGUCAGGAACCAGCACUCUUGGUUUCCGAUGACCCGUCAAUGAGCUUUGAAUCCAGUUUCACGACUUUCACUACAGACACAGCUCAGCCUAAACGCCCAAGGGAUUCUAGCAGUCCGCCGUCUAGUUCCAAGAGAAACCACCCGUCUCAAGGUCAAACACCUCCGGCACGGCGAACUACGCGCUCCUCCCGGCAGGCCAUGGUAUCGGGACAGUCGGGCUCUAGCAAUUCUCACAGGGUGGAGACGUAUGGGCGCCAAGGAAAAGUCUGCUUCGAGACGCCAGAGGGGACGGAGAUUAAGACAGAGUUGAAGGAAUGGACGGAACGGACAGAAGACGGGACUCGACGCUAUUACUGGCAAGGCGUCCAUUCAGGACUAGUGUUCUGGGCGACGAAGUUGCCAAAGGAGGCAAACAAGACCCGUCGGCGCUGA